UCAUCAUCAAAGAUGGCGGAUGUCGAGUGUUGAGAAGUUCGUGUAUUAAUGGUUGUUUGUGUAGAAAGGAGCGAUUCUCUUAAAGAUAAUUAUAAAAUCUUUAAUGAGCGAACUUUUUUCCAUUUUCUCAAACAAUUAAUAAAUUAGAAAAGGAAAUAAAUCUGCUUUGUAGAUAUUAGGUGAAUCUUAGCUGAUAGAUAUUAAAUAAAUAUGGAAUCAAUUAUAAUUGUCUUCAUAAAAAAGAUCAUUUUCCUUUUGAUCGUCGAGCACUUUGGAAAAGUUUCUUCGUUUUACGUGCCGGGAGUCGCACCGGUCGAGUUUAUGAAAAAUCAGCCCAUCGAAGUCAAAGCUGUAAAGAUGACAAGCACGCAGACUCAGUUGCCUUACGAUUACUAUUCUCUUCCGGUGUGUCGGCCGAAAAAUGGCACGAUUUAUAAAUCUGAGAAUCUCGGCGAAGUACUUCGUGGCGAUCGUAUAGUCAAUACACCUUACGAAGUUUACAUGGCAGUUAACAGUGAUUGUCGAGUGCUCUGCAACAAAGACAAUUUAGUAACUUGGACAGAGAAACAAUCCAGAACUGUUGCCCAUCGUAUUCAACAUCAAUAUUCUGUCCAUCUACUGGUCGAUAAUCUACCAUGUGCGACAAAAUUUGAAAUGUUGGAAACUGGUCAACCCCAAUAUGAACAUGGAUAUAAACUGGGUUUUGUAGAAGACGGAGUGUCGUACAUAAAUAAUCAUCUAAAAUUGAUUUUAAAGUAUCACGUUCAAACACCAGGGGAGAAUUACAGAGUGGUUGGAUUCGAAGUCGAAACCAAAAGUGUCGACUAUACCGAAAUAAAACGAGAUAAAGCAAACAAUGCAAAAUGUACCAUUCCAGAAAGACCCAAGAGGCAAUCAAUUAAUCUUCAAGGAGAAACAAAGUUGUUAUUUACUUAUGAAGUUAAAUGGGAAGAAAGUAAUAUUCGAUGGGCGUCGAGAUGGGAUAUUUAUCUUGCUAUGAGUGAUGUGCAGAUCCAUUGGUUUUCUAUUAUCAAUUCAGUUGUGGUCGUCUUCUUUCUUUCAGGAAUAUUGACGAUGAUCAUUAUAAGGACAUUAAGACGAGAUAUUGCCAGAUACAAUAAAGAUGACGAUUUGGAAGAUGCCAUGGAAGAAACAGGAUGGAAAUUAGUGCAUGGUGAUGUUUUUCGACCACCAAGGUAUCCAAAAUUAUUUGCUGCUGUAAUUGGAAGUGGAAUUCAGAUAUUUUUUAUGACUUUUGUUACAAUAUUUUUUGCUAUGUUGGGAAUGCUGUCUCCAGCAUCUAGAGGAGCACUAAUGACUGCUGCCAUAUUUUUAUAUGUUUUUAUGGGAUUACUUGCUGGAUAUUUCUCUGCACGUCUUUAUAAAACAUUAAAGGGAUUGCAAUGGAGAAAGGCUGCAUUUUUGACAGCAACCCUGUAUCCUGGUAUUGUGUUUGGAACAUGUUUCUUCCUAAAUUUUUUCAUAUGGGGAAAACAGUCUUCUGGAGCAGUUCCAUUUACAACGAUGUUAGCCCUACUCUGCAUGUGGUUCGGAAUUUCUCUACCUUUAGUUUAUCUCGGAUAUUAUUUCGGUUACCGUAAAUAUCCAUACGAACAUCCGGUGCGAACAAAUCAGAUUCCUAGACAAGUUCCAGAACAAGUUUGGUAUAUGAAUCCUAUUUUGUGCACUCUUAUGGCUGGGAUACUACCAUUUGGAGCAAUGUUUAUAGAAUUAUUCUUCAUAUUCACAGCAAUCUGGGAAAAUCAAUUUUAUUAUUUAUUUGGCUUCUUAUUCUUAGUUUUCAUUAUCCUCAUUAUAUCUUGUUCCCAAAUAUCAAUAGUAAUGGUGUAUUUCCAGCUAUGUGGCGAGGAUUAUCGCUGGUGGUGGCGAUCUUUUAUCGUGUCCGGAGGUUCUGCCGUUUAUGUGUUUGCCUAUGCCAUUUUCUAUUUUAUUACUAAGCUUGAAAUCACAGAAUUUGUCCCGACACUCUUGUAUUUUGGUUACACACUGCUGAUGGUACUCACGUUCUGGCUUCUGACGGGAACCAUAGGUUUCUAUGCCGCCUACGCCUUCGUUCGCAAGAUAUACGCAGCGGUGAAAUUUGAUUAAACAUGGAGAAUCCGCCUUUUUUUUUCACAUGCGUACCUUUGCCGCACCGGGCUGUGCCUCGUGCUUCCAAUAAUUAAUUGCAAGAAGACUCUUAGUAAAGGUUUCUUUUUCUCUCUCUAUCUCUCUCUCUCUUUUUUUUAAUUGUUUUGGAUCAGAGUAUGAUUAGGCCUAUUGUACAUUACCAAGUAUUAGAAGAUUUUUGUGGAUUUCUCAUAUUUCUUAACCAUUAAAGAACAUUUUGAGUUACAUCAUUGCACAUAUUUAUCUUAUUUAAGACGUCAGAAAUUGGUAAGGAUCGGAACAAAAUAUCCCAGAAAAGAUUCUUGUGGUGGUGAUGCAGACGUCUCUUAUUUCCGAAAUAAUAAUUUACAAGUUAGAAUUUUAGAACGUAAAAAUCCAAAUGUGGUAUUUAAAAUCUAAGUUGACGUCGUGGACCAAAGCACUCCGAGUAAUAAUGCAAACUUCUUUUAUAUCCGAAAAACGACCUACGAUUGGAUAAUUCACUUUAAAAAAUGCUUUCCGUGACGUACGUCAGCCAUUUGUAAACAUCACGUUUUUUUCUUUUACAUCAAAUAUGCUGUGAAGCGACUGCAUCAUUUUAAAUUUGGCCUACAAAAUUAAGUGUAACAUAUAUUAAUUUACAUGCCAGUAUCUCCAAUAUGUUAGUGUGUGAACGAGGAUAUAAAUGAUGUAAAUAAGUGGCAUACAAUUUCGUUCCGUGCACGUGAAAUAAAAUUUAUAUAAAU